GACGUGAUUACACUUUCAAUCAUCUUUUCUCUCUCUGUAAUUUUAACAACGGAAGUAUCAUCAUUGAUCGGAGGAAUUCUCCGUUUUCCGAUCACACACAAGGGAUCACAAUUGUACUCUGUGUAUUCCCAUAAAAAUGAAACGAUUAUUCAGUUCCAAAGCUCUCACACCUAUUGAGCUCGUUCAUCACGUCCGUGAUCUUCUUACCUUCGUAAAUGCAAAUCCGGAUAUUCGUGAAGCUAAACGCCAAGAGAAGGCUCGUGAAUUAACGAGACUUAUUCAUGAAAUGAUGGUAGUACUUUUUGGCGAUGAAACGUCGCAACCACAUUUAGAGCCUUGUUCCAAGUUAACUCAGGAGUUCUUCAAAGAGGAUAUAUUACGUCUUCUAGUUGUUUACCUUCCUAAUUUGGAUCCUGGAGCACGUCAAGACAUCACUCAUGUCGUUGCAAGUCUAUUAAGGCAAAAAGUUCAUAAUCGAUGCAUUGCUGCUGAAUAUCUAGACAAAAACACCGAGAUUCUCGAUAUGUUGAUACCUGGCUACGAUGAUCCAGAAGCUGCUAUUUCCUAUGGUGCUAUUUUGAGAGACUGCGUUUGGCAUCAGGUUGCUGCAAAAUAUAUCUUGGAAUCGAAUCAUAUGCAAAUGUUUUUCGACUUUCAACAUGAUCCGAAUUUUGACAUAGAAUCAGAUGCAGCAGCAACGUUUAAGGAGCUAUUAACCAGACAUAAAUCAAUCGUUGCUGAAUAUCUUAACAAUAAUUACGAUUGGUUCUUCAUGGAGUAUAAUAAGCUUCUGGAAUCGUCUAAUUAUAUCACCAGAAGGAAUGCAAUCAAGCUUUUAGGAGCGAUGUUACUCGAUCGAUCUAAUACUGCUGUGAUGGUUCGAUACGUGAGCUCAUUGCAAAACAUGAGGAUUCUCAUGAAUCUUCUCCGAGAUUCAAACAAAACCAUACAAUUGCAAGCUUUCCAUGUCUUCAAGCUUUUCCCUGCAAAUCAAAACAAACCGCCGGAUAUCGUCAACGUUCUGAUUGCAAAUCGGAGCAAACUCAUUCGGUUCUUCAGUGAUUUCACUUUCGAUAAAGCCGAUGAGCAAUUCGAAGCGGAUAAAGCUCAGGUGGUGAAGGAAAUCGCGACACUUGUCCCUAGUUGUCCCACGUGCUCCAGUGAAUGCGAUGGAGUUUCUUGUUAAAUUAUGUUUAUUUUUUAUUUAUCAAAUUCUAUCAGGUUUUUUACUUUUUUUAUUAUUUCUUUUUGUUUUUUCCCUGUAAAUCUUAACAUGUGUG